CACAGGCCAAGUGCGCUGUGCUCGAGGGGUGCCGGCGGGGCCAGAGGGAGCGAGCAGGCAGGCACCGAGGGGGCGCGGCUGCCGGCCGGACGAGACAGGCGAACCGGACGCGGGAGCAGUCCAGGACCAGACAGCCAGCACAUCCACGAUGGAGCGCCUCGUCGCGCGUGGGACCUUCCCUAUCCUUGCGCGCACCAGCGCCUGCCGCAGCCUCUUCGGGCCCGUGGACCACGAGGAGCUGAGCCGGGAGCUGCAGACCCGCCUGGCCGAGCUGAACGCCGAGGACCAGAACCGCUGGGACUACGACUUCCAGCAGGACGUGCCGCUCCGGGGCCCUGGACGCCUGCAGUGGACCGAGGUGGACAGCGACUCCGUGCCCGCCUUCUACCGCGAGACGGUGCAGGUGGGGCGCUGCCGCCUGCUGCUGGCGCCCCGGCCCGUGCCGGUCGCCGUGGCUGUCAGCCCGCCCCCUGAGUCGCCGGCCGCUGAGUCCCUCGACGGCCUCGAGGAGGCGCCGGAGCAGUCGCCCAGCGACUCGGCCCCGGCGCCCACCCCGCCCCCGGCCCCGACCCCGGCCCCGGCCCCGGCCCCGGCCUCGGCCUCGGCUCCGGCCCCGGCCCCGGCCCCGGCCCCAGAUGCGGCGACUCAGGACGGCGCCGAGCAGGGCGCGAACCAGGCGCAGCGCAGCCAGGAGCCUCUUGCCGACCAGCUGCACUCGGGGAUCUCGGGACGUCCCGCGGCCGGCACCGCCGCCGCCAGCGCCAACGGCGCCGCGAUCAAGAAGCUGUCCGGGCCUCUGAUCUCCGAUUUCUUCGCCAAGCGCAAGAGAUCUGCGCCCGAGACCAAGUCUUCGAGCGAUGUCCCCGCGGGGUGUCCCUCCCCUAGCGCCGCUCCUGGGGUGGGCGCGGCGGAGCAGACCCCGCGCAAGAGGCUGCGAUGAGCUAGUUUAGAGCCCAAAGAGCCCCGAGGGAACCUGCCGGGGCAGCGGACGUUGGAAGAGCGCUGGGCCUCGGCUGGGACCGUUCAUGUAGCAGCAACCGGCGGCGGCUGCCGCAGAGCAGCGUUCGGUUUUGUGUUUAAAGUUUGAAAACUGUGCAAUGUAUUAAUAACGUCUUUUUAUAUCUAAAUGUAUUCUGCACGAGGAGUACACUGGUCCCAAGGUGUAAAGCUUUAAGAGUCAUUUAUAUAAAAUGUUUAAUCUCUGCUGAAACUCAGUGCAAAAAAAA